AUGAGGACCGGGUCCCAGAUGUAACUGCGGAAAUGACUGCCCAUUCCAAAGCUUUAGGAGGGAACACAGGGACCGCCGAACAGCUGAAAAGGCCCAUUCUUCACUGAAUGGGCCCUGCAAGUUUGCCUGGCCAGGUGGACGACCAAGAAAAAUUUGCAAGCAGUCAAGACUUUGCCAACAGCCGUGCAUAUGAAAAAUAGGAGGCUAUUCCAGGGGUCUACAACCUUUUCUAGCAUGAGAGCUACUUUAAAAAAAAAUGAAAAGCCUUCACGAGCUGCGGAAAAUCACCUCGUCCGCCCUUCCCAAACGCAACAUCUGCACCGACGUAAUCAAACAAAAGGCAACCCCUUCCCUGAAGUAAGGAAUUCAGAUCCCCUACAUUGGAGUUUUGCCCAUAGUGCAUUCGUUUUUGUGGCCGAUUGUAGACUAGCCUACACGGCUUCACGCCCAUUCGGGAAAUCCCCACCCUGUGUGCAUUGACACAGGAAACAUCUGCAGUGAUCGUGACAGGCCAAAGAACUACAGCUGCGUGAAAUAUGCGCACAUACAUCACGUAGAGAUGUCCUGGUUUCAUCAUUUGAGAGGCUAUAAUUAGGUGUGGACCCAGAGUAGACAACCUCAGGUCAGGUGUCAGUUAGGUAUGGCUGAUCUGCUGAAGCUGCUGCUGCGUGUGGCAGAGAAGGCGGCCAACGUGGCCCGCGUGUGCAGGCAGGAGGCCCCUCUCUUCCAGCUGCUGGUCCAGGAGAAGACUGGGGUGGACAAGAACAAGAAGUUUGUCCAGGACUUCAAGACGCUAGCCAAUAUGGUAAUCCAAGAGAUGAUCUGCCAUGAUGUUGGAGCUCAGUUUCCCAAAAUGAUUGAUCAUAUACAAGGAGAGGAGUCUAACAAGUUUGAAAAUGGACUAGGUGAGAUUGUGAUAGUCACAGUGUGUGGGACAGAGAAGGAGACGGCCGCGUUGCUGGUCACGGUGCUGGAUGGGGACCAGAUGGCGGCGACUCUCAUGGCGUGCGCCAUCCACCAGGACGCUACGCUCACACUCUCAGACACGAGCACAGACAACCUCCACAUACCCCUCAGCCCCUCUGACCUGAGCAUCUGGAUUGACCCCAUCGAUGCCACUAGCCAGUACAUUGAGGGUCGUGAGGAGGUGGUGGAGGAGGGCUGUCUCUGUCCUUCAGGUCUGCAGUGUGCCCUGGUCCUGAUCGGGGUAUACCUCCGCGCCACUGGGGAACCUGUCAUAGGGGUCAUAAACCAGCCCUUCAACCACAAAGACCCAACAGGCUGGAAGGGGAAGCAUUUCUGGGGAGUGUCAUGUGGGAGUGUCAAAGCCUGCUCGGUGCUCCGACCUAAAGAAAGACCUGCGGAGUGUCCAGGACUAUCGGUGGUGCUGAGCUCCAGUGAGAAGCAGGCGGUGAAGGAGGCCUUGGCCCCUCUGUGUGGGCCUGACAGGCUGAUGUAUGCCUCGGGGGCCGGAUACAAGAUCCUGUGUGUGAUCCUGGGCCUAGCUGACAUCUACGUUCUCUCAGAGGGCAGCACCUUCAAGUGGGACUCCUGCGGCCCCCAUGCCCUGCUCCUUGCACUGGGUGGGGGGAUGCUGGACCUUAAAGAGUGCCUCCGCUUCAGCCACUGUGAGGGGGGGCACCAUGACCAGGGGGAACUGACCUACCACCAAUCCCACUCAGAGAGCCCUGGGGCAGAACGCUGGGCCAACCAGGGGGGCCUGGUGGCCUACCUAGACUGUCAAAUGCUUCAUAGGGUUAUUGGGGAACUGAAAGGCAAGUUUUAAAGGAAGAGGCAUUGAUUAUGGUGAAGGGCACAAGUAGCAGUAUCAUUGCUUAUACAUGCUGCUUAAUAUGUCAAUUUUUGGAGGAGUUGUUUUAAAAAAAAUCUAUGCUGUCAGUUAUUUUGUAAAAGCUAGAUGUAUAUGCACAUGUAAAUAUAUAGUAAGGAAUGUAAAAUGGUUCAACUAUCUACAGUAGCUGGUAUGUUAAAGGUGUUUCGUAAAGGAUUAAGCUGCCUCUAACUUCUACAGUUACUGGUUUUCUCAUUGACAGGAAGUUUGUUAGUGGCAAACAAAUCUAACUUCAGGAAAGACCUGGGUGCUGUUUAAGUAAAACUUAUUCCAAUGCAAGAUAAUCAGAAUCGAGAGACUGGUAUGAAUGGGAACAAGCAUGGUUCAGGGAACAGUAGCACACACUGCGUAGCUGAAACAUGCUUUUUGUCUCAGUCAUACCAAAAUGUGGCACAUGGCUAUAACCCUGCUUUUGAUUGGUUAAGGAUCUCUGUUGGACUUACCUGAAUAUUACUUGACGGCCUAGUUGAAGUUGUGGUAUAGUGGGACAGGGAUACAUAGUAAAUAUCCCAAGUGUCCCCCCUUGACAGAAGCACUAAUGGUGUGUGAGAGCAGAGAGGACUCAAAUAAACUGGCUUCUGGGAAUCCGCAGCAGCCCAGAAAAGGCCUUUUAUGGAAAAGAGGUGCAUUUUACACUGUUUCCAUAGCUCCAGCUGUACGAUUUAGGAUAAAUCAGAGCAGAGGAUGGAAAAACACGAGGUGCAGCAAUCAACAAUGAAACGGGGGAUAGUGUUCAUUUACUGUAAAUGAAGGAUUAAACCCCUUUAAGGAAAGGAGGGGAACUGUCACAUGGCCAGGUUAGUGGAUCUAUUGAGAUGUAGCAGAAUUCAGGGUUAUUUAAACCUAGUCAGGUACUCCAUUUAUAGAAUAAAAAUAGUUACAUGAUUAUGUUUGUUCAACAUAAGUCCACCUGUCCUGUACCAAGGAGGUGGUGUGGAGAUUCAUGUUUCAUUAUUUUCCACAACUAUUACUUGCACCACUUCAUUGGCACACCCAAGCAUCUAUUGGGAUGCGGUCCAAAGUGGUUGUCAUUACUAAAUAUGGCUGUCUAUGGUCUUCCACCAGAAAAGCAUGACAACCACUCAGGUCUGUGUUGUGGACCACUUGUGUAUAAAGACUGGUUUGAUCUACUGUAUGUUUAAAAUUUGUGUAUUGUAAAACGCCAUUUCAUGAGUGUGCUCCAGAAGUGCCAUUAGCAGGUCCCCUGGUUUCUACUCCAUUGGAAUUAUCCAGCAUUCUCCUGCCUUGUGAAUCAGAAUUUGAAGACGGAAUUCAAUCUACAAAACAAUGAAAGUCCAUUCAUCCAUCUGAAAUCAACUUUACUAUGAAAUCCAGACAAAAUCAACUUAACACUGAUGUUUCACAAUUGUAAUAAACUCUUGCCAGCAAACUCACUUUCCUACCCAAAAAACAGAAAAAAAUGCAAGUGCCCCGCACAUUUAACCCUGAUGAUUGUCUGAUUUUUUUGCAAUAUUUGUUUUUGCAUAUACUGUUUAAAAAUAUCUCAAGAACAAAUUAUAAUCUGCGAUUUUGGCUCUUCUUCCACAUUGGGAGCCCUUAGUUGACUUGCCGCUUUAGACUGCUACUUAAGCCAUACAUUCUCAAGUCAACUAGGGUAUCUAACAAUCUGACAGUAUUGACAAUUCAGACUAAAACAGGUUAAAUUAAACCUCUAAUACCUCCAUAAAAAAAUAAAAAGCAAGUGGACAAUUGCACUGAAAACAUUUUUCACUUCAAGGAGAACAAAUAAACAUGCGCAACAAGGGACCUAGGCCCUUUAAAUCAAAGCUACAACCCAUCUCCCAACAUCCACAGAAUAACACAAAUCAAAAAGGUAAAAUGGAACCGAUACCUGGGCAGGGCACAUAUUCAUAAAGCGUCUUAGAGUAGGAGUACUAAUCUAGGAUCAAUUUAGCCUUUUUGAUCCUAAUGAAUAAGAUUACAUGGAAAGGCCUGAACCUAGAUCAGCGCUCCUACUCUGGGGUUAUCGAUAAAUAUGGAAUCAGACCUAUUAACGUUUGAAUGUUUUAUCUCCUUCACUGGAACCUAGACCUGUGGCUUAUAAAAGGAAUUAGUUGAUCAACUUUCACCACAUUUAUUUCCAAUACUGUAUCUCCACAGGAAAAACACAAUGAUAUGCCAUAAUGAGUACAGGCAGAUUGUUAGAGAUCUGAAUACUAUCCCUCUUCAAUCUGGAGAAUACUGACUAAUGAGAAAGGGGCAAAAGAGGGCAGUGGUAGCUUUUCUUUGAAAUAAAAAGUGGUGGUAGGACUGUUAGUCUUGAUAUUCAGCUCCUCUGUCAUUCAAUCAACCUUUAAACUGUUGGUAAGUAUCUGCCAAAGACUAAUCUCUGAUAACUAUUGUACACUGCUAGUCAUUGUGUUCUCAAUGGAAGUUCAGUCACCUCCAAUCUUAAAGGGUGUCAAGAUGCAAUUUGGGGCGGAUUGCAUCUUGACAUUCUCUUGAGCCACGGGAACAACACGAUGCUUCUAGACAGGUCCCCUGGUUUCUGCUCCAUUGGAAUUAUCCAGCAUUCACCUGUCUUGUGAGAGUCGGAACUUAAAGAUGGAAUUUAAUCCACAUAACUCACAAAACAAACAUUGUCCAUUCAUCCAUCUGAAAUCCAUU